AGCCAGCUCCUCUCUUGUCUGAAGUGGUUGGGGGAUUUUCAGAUCUUGGCAUGCAUCCCGCUGACCGGCAGCGUACCCGUUAAGGACGUGGCUGAUCUGGUCGGUGUCGAUGAGGCCGAGAUGACGAGCGUUGUGCGCAUGACGGCAUCAGCAGGCUUCUUGCAAGAGCCUCAGCCAGGCCACAUCGGCCACACGGCCCUCUCGUCCCCGUUCGUAACUCAGCUCUUCUAUCUGGACGCCAUCAUGUUCCUGGGUGAGACCGCCGCCCCUGCGUCCCUGCAGAUGGCCAAAGCAUCCCGGCUUCGGGGACGACAGGCGGAUGCGGACUGGUGGCCGUCUGCCGAGUCCGAGUCUGCCGGACCAUCAUCGGCAUCCGAGAUGCGGACAACCACUGCAUUUGGUCUUGCUUUUGACACCGAGCAGACGUUCGAGGAGGUUUGCGCGGCUCGUCCGAAGCUGCAGAGACAGUGGCCUGCGUUCCUUCGGUGUAUUGGCGACACAGAUGAGAACAUGACUCAAGUUCUUGCGCGGCUCGACUGGCCUAGCCAGGGCAAGGUGCGCAUCGUCGAUGUUGGUGCUCAAAGCACAAGUGCGGCACAGGCGCUGGCAGGACUGUUCCCUACCUUGCACUUUGUAGUACAGCUUACUGAGACGACGACGACAAGGAGCCCGCCGUUACCCGCAGCCGCCGCUAAUACAACUACUUCUUCCACUGGUGCUGCUGGGGACGCAAUACAAGCGGGUCGUAUUAUCAUCCAUCAGAGGCAAGCGCCUGGCGGUGAGCAACCAAUCAAAGAUGCAGACGUCUAUCUGCUGCGGCUACCAUCUCGAAACCCCCAUGCAGGAGGCGCACCGGGGGCGGCGUAUGCGGCGUACAUCAUGUCAGAGCUACGAGCGCACCUCUCAAUCCUUCGUGAACAUCCGGCUGCCCUUUUCGUUCUGGCGCUUCGCUGCAUUCCUCAAUGUGCUUCCUUUUCCUCUUGGUUGUCGUCGUCGGCGUCGUCGUCGUCGUCGUCGUUGCUCCCCGCAGAUGUCGACUCGCUGGCCCGCGUGCGGGAGCUGCUACGGAUACAGCUGACAGGGUACCCGAGUGUCGUCGACGUUGCAGAGUUGGUGGGAGAGAUCCAGCGGAUAGGGGAUGACGUGGGAAGGCUAUCCGUUGUGAAGAAGUUGCAGGCGAGCAAUAGCGCAACAGUGGCUGUGGGAAUAAGGUAUCAGUAUAACCAGGUAGACCACUCAAUGGAUUAG